AUGCUGUUCACCGACUUGUUCCUCUUUGCCCUGGCCGCAGGAACCACUCUCGCUCACCCCGAGAAGCUCACUGCCGAACAAGCAAAGCAUGAGGCAAAGCUCAUUGGCCGAAGCACCGACAAGUGCGCUGCGGCGAUCGAGAAGCGCAAGGCAGAAAUGUUUGCGAAGCGAGCGGCUCGUCUGCAAGCCCGCCGAAUUCAAAACGGCCAUGUCGAUAUCCGGGACCUGAUGUCCCGGAACUCGUUGCAGUACACCACCAUCCAGAACGACACUUGCGUUCUGGCCCCUGACACCGUCUGGGGACCCUAUGGCGUUGAUGGGGAAAUCCAUCGUCACGAUCUGCGUGAGACGCAGGGAGGUAUCGACUUCUAUCUCGACAUGGGCGUGAUCGACAUUGAGACAUGCGAGCCCCUCGUCGGCACAGCCCUCACGAUUUGGAAUUGCAACGCGACCGGCUCAUAUUCCUCCUUCACUGGAAUCGACCCCAACACCGCAGAGCUCCUGGAUAACUGGUCUAAAAGGACGGACGGCACCACCGACGACGAGACGUUCCUGCGCGGGAUCCAGACGACCGACCAGAACGGCGUCGUGGAGUUCCUUACGAAGUUCCCCGGAUACUACAUCACAAGAACGACUCAUAUCCAUGUCACCGCGCAGACCAACAUUGCGAACGGCACGUCGUAUUCCGCCAGCAAGGUGCAGCACAUCGGUCAGCUCUUCUUUGAGGAGGAUCUUUUAAGCCAGGUAUACGCUGUCAGCCCGUACAGUGAGCACCUUACGACGCUGAACCGUACUACCAACGAAGAGGACUCGCUGUACUCUGAUGCCAGCUCCGACGGGUACAGUGCUGUCAUCAGCGUCAGCCAGUUGACUGAUAACAUCGAGGAUGGACUUGUAGGAUAUAUUACGAUUGGUGUCAACUCGACUGCUGAUGGACUGGCCAUCACCGGAGGUGGUGUCAACCCUCAGGGGUACCUUCCCACUGUUAGUGUGGAUGACGCGAAGUUGGCACAGGCAACCGCAGUCGACAGGGCUGACGGCUACACAUCUUAG